AAUGCAGCGGCGGGGUUUAGUGCUUCAAGUUCUCGCUUCAUUAUUUUGCUUCUUCAUUAUAUCAAACAGAAUUAAAUUAAAGGAGAUUGAAUUUUUUCCUGGUUCAAGUGAUGUGGAUAAUAAGUGUUCUUGUGGUGAAGCUCUUUCUGGUACUCAGCUUGAUGCUAUAGGAGGCUGGAUUUUAAAUGAAGAAACAAUUCGAAAACAUCAUGUCAGGUUUGAUGAUGGUCUUGGUAGAGAAAUAUUAAGAAUUGUUAGAGAGAAAACUCCUGGAAAAGAGUAUGGAGAGCGGAUACGACUAGGAGAUAUAGGUGCCGGAGUAGGACAGUUUGGAGAAUGGAUCAACUCACAGGAAAAUAUCUCCGUAGAGUGGACUGGUCUGGAUGGUGGGAGUAAUGUAAACACAUUUUGUGGAAAAAAUGUUUCUCUCCGGGACCAGAAAAUAUUCAAAGUUCCAAAAGUUUGUUUUUUUGAUGCAAGUAUACACGCUAAAUCUGAAGAUUUGGUUAAACUCGGAGCUCCGUUUGAUUGGGUGAUAAGUAUAGAGGUUGGAGAACAUAUACCUUCUCAAUACCAAUUAGCUUAUAUAGAUAACUUGAUACGGGUAAGUAUUUUCGAUACAGAUAACUUAAUACGGAUGAGUAAGAUUGGAAUAAUUUUGUCCUGGGCAGUACCAGGACAAGGAGGACAAGGUCAUGUUAAUGAAAAAUCCAACAAAGCUGUUGUUAAGCUAUUUGAAGAUCGAGGUUUGUUUUAUUUACACAAAGUGUCAGACAGUGUAAGGAGACGGGUUGACCGGUUAAACUGGCUCAGAAAAACUGUAAUGGUGUUCUCUAAAAUGGAUGGACUGUAAGAUUGAUUCAACGCUUCCAGACUCCAGAGUUGUAACACUUAUUAGUUUUAAAAUGUGAUAAAAUUCAAACUACUGUACAUGACAAAAACUCUACUGUGACAUUUUAUUUAUUUAUAUUUACAUCAUAUAUAUAGUACAUCGCAUAAAAAAUAUACAUUGAUUAAAACUUCAGUUUGAUACAGUGUCCACAAAAUAUAACAAUUAAGAGACAUUUUAAAAGGGUCUGGUUUUUCUGUUUAGAAGGAAAUGCGAUUUAUAAUUUUUUAACUUCGGUAUAAAAUUUAAAGAACAAAAAGAACAGAUUUUUGCUUUAAGAAUUCAAAAUCUAAUGUCGCGGCAUAUUUCGAGAAAAUGGAAUUCCUUGUUCUACUUAUAUACAAGAAAAUGUCAUGUUUACUGGAACACCCUGUUUGUAAAACUGAAGAAAUAAAAUAUUGACAAAUAAAAAUACAUAAAUAUU